CCUUAUAGUGGAACUUGAUGUAAUGUUGUUUAACAGAGUAGUAAAUAAUGUGUUCAUGCCUUAAAACAUCAAACAUUGACAGUUUUGUGACAGCCAUGAAGCAGGGGAGCAUGAGAAAUGAUCUUCAUAUUCACCAUUUUUACUUGCAUAAUAUUGCCUUAAAAGUGGAGAGAGCCUUGAUAAUAGUAGCUUUGGUAAAUUCAAGAUGGUGUUAGACGACAACACAACUGGACAAGAACUGGAUGAAAAUUAAAUGUGGAUCACCAAAGGAGACCAUAGGGACGAAGGCUGUUAACAUGUUGCUAGCUGGUAAGUUUGCUUCAAAAUGCCAAUUAUCUUUGUUUAACCAUAAACAGUGCAGUACAUAUAAACAAACUUACAUUGGUUUCAGAAGUAGUUAUUUUAUCAAUUUUAUUGUGAUUUUUCUGAUUUUUAUUGGAAGAAUCAUUCAACUUCAUGUUAUAACUGAAGAAACAGCAUGGAGACUCUAUGUGUAGCCUCAUAUAUGCCUAAUAUAGUUUUCUCCAUAAACUUAACCUGGUUUUAAUUAAGCUCAGUAUGCCAAAGAGACUUUGAUAUUGUGAGGUUGUUGUUAUUAUUGUUUUUAUCUUCAACAUACUUUUCCAGUCAAAGCAAAAGAAAAGAAAAGAGGAAGGGAUCAGGUAUUAGAAAACCUAAAGAUUUUCCUGUCUCAGAAGAGGCUGUUACUCCACCAGGUCACCACACCAGUUCUGAGGAUGAACCUCCAUAUCAUGGGUCACAUGACUCAGAAGCUAUAGAAGAGAAAUACUAAAUUUUGACAAAAAAUGUUAAAAUAAUAUCAAAAAGGUUCAAAUGCAAUAAAAAUGAGUGUAACUCAUCUCUAGAGUCUAGAAGCGUUUCACACUGAUUUGGAGUUAAUAGAGCACAUGACUUGGAAGCUAUUGAAGAAAUAAAAAUAUACUUUUUAAUAUUACAAUUAUUAAAGAUACUGAGUAUGACUUAAACAUUCUGAAAUUUCUCACUAGAAAACAGUGCCUCUCGUGUACCAGCAAGAAUGUUAUGUCAUUGUCAAAAUUAUAACUUUUAAUAUCUCGAAAACGAAAGCUGCACAAGCAAAAAUUUUAAAGGCACAAAGCUGCACAAACGGAGCACUAACGAUGUAGCCCACUUUGGUUUGUUUUGGCGCAAUAUGGGGGUAUGGUGAACUCUGGUAAACUCUGGACGACCUAAAAAAAUAUUUUUUAAUAUCUUAUUCUGGUUCUGCUGGAGGUUUUAAAGGGGAGUUUUUCUAUCCACUGUCCUUACAAUCCACACUAUGAGAGAUUGUUGCGAAGUCAAAGACUCAUUGCAAUCUGCAGGUUUUCCUUAGAUGUAAAACUUUUAAAAUUAGAAUAAAAAACUAAACGUGGCUAAAUUGUUUGAUAAAUGGGAACAAAUUGGAAGAGAUUGAACUGAUAUUGAAUCUUAUUGAUUCAAUUGCCUAAAGAAACAUACUGAGAACUGAGCAGAAAAUGUAAAGCUAAAAGCAGAUUUUUGAAGAAGUUUAAUUUUUAUUAUGAAAGAUAACUCAAUAAACUGUUUACAAUAUUGUCAUUUAACUUCAAAUAUAGGCCUAUAUAAAAUCUAAAUGGAGGAGGCUACCGACUCCAGCUUGAGUCAUGUCCUAGACAGAACAUGGUUAUGUCUCUGAUUUCUUUUAGGACUUCACGUGCGCUGAGACGGAAUGUCUGGCGUGCUCCGGUGUCACUGGAGUCUGUCUGGCUGGACUCAGAGCUUUGUGCACAGCACCAUCUCUGGGUGAAGGAAGCAGAAGUCCUCAGUGGCCCCAGCUGCGCUGCCGGCUUUGUCAGACACCAAAUGUAAGCUUAAACCCGCCGCUGCAGACAUGAAGACAGAGAGAAGAUGCGCCCAAAAACUGAAAGCGAGCGGGCAGGUGAUAGAUCUGCUCCAAAAAGACGAGCAAGACAUCCUGAAAACGCAGGAGGAAACCAAAUAUGUUGAUUUGGAGUCCGAGGACGAGAGGGUCUGUCGCCUUGGUCAGAGGAACCAAGUGUCUGUCAUUGUUAAAAAUAGUGGAUUUGAAGCUGUUUACGCGUCGGAGCCGAACUCUGACCUGAAGGAGAUGCACACCAAGGGGGGAGAAAACACCAGAGGUAAGAAAUGCGUGAAAGAUUUAAAAAAUUUCCCCUCUCCGUCAUUCUCACCUCACCUGAAAAAAAAUGAGACUAGUCUACAAAUAGGAGAAAAAAGUGGUGAGAGCGCAGUUACGCACACCAAUGUGUCCAAAGGCAUGGACAGCAAGGCAGAGCGCGAGGAGGAAUCCCACAGCACCAACAGCAAUCUGAGUGGGAGAAGCGAGUGGGAGGACUGUGAGGAGGUGGAUAAUGUCAGCCUGGUGCUCUCUGAUGAAUCCGCUCCGUGCUUAACCGAGGACCAUUACAUUACAACGCACGAGAUUCAGCUCUCGGAGUUCUCUGACCAUGAAGGGGACUACGACCUGGGCGUGGGCUCCUCCACUAGCUGGGACAUUGAAGAUGAGAGCCAGGUGUACCCAUUUGUAGGCUACUCCUUUGCGGGUGAGAGGGGGGCCUGUGGGGCUCCCUGCUCCGAGGGUGCCACGGCAGUAGCAGCAGCGGUCAGCACUCUGCUUGAAAGUGAUCUGAGCGACGCGGCCAAGUUCUGUGGCUCAGAUGAACCCGAACAGAAGCAGAGCGAAGGACAGAUCCACCUGUCAAUCAGAACCACAUCCCGAGCUAUAAAUGACCCCGGCAGCAUCCAAGAGGAGGAAAAUAUCCUUUAUCAUGCCAGGCGCUCCGGAGACAUGAGCCGCUAUGUGUUUGGGGGAGUGGAUGGGAAGGCAGAGACCUUUUGUGACAGGGCGAAGUGUUUCAUAGCCGCGCCCGGACGCCUGCACUUUGGCGGUAGAUUGAGGGGGAAAGAGGUCACCGAGUAUUCCAGCGGCACGUCCAGCGCUGUCAGCGAGCUGGACGACGCUGACAAGGAGGUGCGCAAUCUCACAGCCAAAGCCUUCAAGAGCUUGGCCUACCCUUACUUUGAAGCCAUCAAUUUCAGCACCUCCAGUGAGUCCUCUGCAUCAGAGCACGGUCGGAGGAAAAACAGGUGGUCCACGUUUCUGGAUCUGAAAUAUGGCAACGUGAACAUGUCUCAGGGGCUGGACCAAAGUGUGAUUUCCUGUCAAAACCCUGCGGCCUCAUAUGAAAUAGGCAAAAACAGCGACAACAGAGGUUAUAAGGGCACCAUUCAGCCCACAAGUAAGAUCUUUUCUCUGAAAGCGCCCCGCAGCGCCUCGUCAUCAAAGCAGAUCCAGCUGAUGGGAAAGUUCGGACAGGGCCACAGCGGAGUGAUCAGACUCACAGAGACACUGAAUUUUCGUUGCAAUGUCAAAUCUGGAAUGUCUGGGGAAGAAAGGCGCACUGACUUUGCGCAAAACGCUGCGGGAUCACUUUCCAUGGAUGAGGUUACCAAGAGCCUGCAGAGCAGCCAGCAGAGAGGGGCCAGCAAGCUGUCCUCUAAAACCAUGGAAGAUACGCAUAAGAAAGCCAUAUUCGCUUCCAGUUUGUUAAAAAAUGUUCUUUCUAAGAAGAUGCAGUUUGAGCAGGAGCGCAGGAUGGAGAGGGGGGAGAUCAGCGAGCCGCAUCAGGCGCCGUCUCCGGGCUUUGCGCUGCAGGAGAGUGACAAUAAGUGGAAGGGGAGCAGGAGGCUGGAGAGGCAGAGCUCCAAGUUCUCUGAGAGCGGCUCAGACUAUGCCAUAAUGUGUGUGGAUGAAUUAGGGGACUUUGUGGACAGCGGCUCAUGUGAUAGUAAGAGGCAAGACGCGUGUGCUCCUAAAACAGAAACUAAUUUAAAUUCGGCCAAUGAAGCAGGGAUUGAUACUAAAAAAGGCGCCUUGCGUCGCAGCCAAAAUAGCGCGUUCAGAUGCUGGAAGGACGAGGAGCUAGAGUUUCAAAAGGAUCAUAAAAACCAUCAAACUCUGCUGGACAAGCUGCCUCCAGUUGAUGACAAAGAGAGUGAGUGGGAUCCGUUCUCUACAGGCUGCGAUAAACUGACUAAAAUGUCCCAUUUGUUUGUGCCAAAUAUCCAACUGCUGCCCAGUGACAGAGAGGUGCGACCGCAGCUGCAGAGAGGAGCUUAUUCCUGGAAUGGAAGCAACACUUUAUACAUCACAGACUCCAAGAGCUCAAAAUCAUCCAAAUCACCGGAAAUUCAAAUCAACCUGAGAAGCGUUAGAGACAAUAAAACGGAAGAGUUUGGAGGCUCCAAGCUGCGCGCCUCGAAUAUCACCGCUAGCCCAUCGAGUCUGAUCAGAACAGAGGACUUCAAAUGCCAAGCCCUGGCUGCGGCUCUGAAGGGUGAGUCCUCAGAUAAAGUUCCGCACUUUAUGGUUCGAGACGUUAGAGAUAAUAAAGGGAAGUUACAAACUCCCAUUCACCAAGUCAGAGAUGUACGUAAGCUUGUUAAAAGUUCCUACCACUUUGUUUCCUUGGAUAAGAACGAAAAUAAAUCAAAUUCAUUUAGCUCUGAAAUUUCUUCAGAGCAAAAGAAGCAGGUGCAAAACAGUAAUGCUAACUGUGUGUCCCCCAUGGUAAUAAAAUGUCAGUCUGUAAAUACUCACAAUGCAGAAAAACCUACCGGAAACCUUAAACAGGAGCAGACUGACACAUGCAGAUCGUCUCCGGAGGGCGUUAAGAGUGCUCCACUCCAGAAGGCAUCAGAGAGAGCAGCAAAUACCUCAUACAGCUCAGAGGGAAGCACUGGGAUGAGCAAUGAGGGCAAAACAGGCGCAACGACGUCAGAGAUGGCAGAAAAUAAACUGGAGUCAAAAGUGGCAAAUCAGGUGGCUUUGGAGAAACUCCAGGCCGCAGUGAAAACCAUGGAGCAACUUUAUGUGUUUGAUAAAAAUGAGUGGAGAAGAAAGCGUGAGCCUGAGCGUCUGACGGACAGCCAUGUGCUGUCACUGAUAGACAGUGAAGAGCAGCAAGAGUCUGAGGAAAGAGGAGGGAGAGGGUUCAAUUCAGACAAAGCAGUCAGAAGAGAUUCCUACCCAAAUAUAGACAAGACCCCCCCGACAUUAUCAGUGUCUUCCAGCACUGACAACUCCCUAAGGUGGCUAGAUAAAGACCUACUUAAAGUGCUUCAGUCAUCCAACAGCCAUGAUGAAAGGUUGGUCACUAAGACAGCCCAAACAGUUGGCACUAUAGAGAGCAAGAACAUGUUCAGCUUUAGCUGCAAACCCAAGGCCUGCACAGCUGCUGAUGUUCCUCAGUCAAACACAGCCCCACACGCACCUUUCAGUGGCAAAAGCUUUGCACCGAAGUCUCCUAAAUUGCCUGUGUCAUUCAAAACCUGUCGGACAGGAGUUAGAGGGAAGGAAGAUGCUGAACCGAGGGGAGUGGACCGAUUUGAGCAACAGUUUUCAGGUGCAUCGGUUGACAAUGAGAACUACCUAACCAUCCCAGUCAAAUUUCAGCCCAAAAACAGUAAAAUGGCAGCAUCUGUAGAUAAAACAUCAAUAAAGACUCUUCACCAUCAGUCACUGCCAACCCCUCCUGCAGUACAUGAAGAUUAUGCCUCUAGAAUCCAGGAGGACCACAGUCAGAGAACAAAACGUUCCAGUAUUGUAAUGGAGACCCAUUCACCAGAGAUCCCCUCUGCUGCUAUUUAUCACUCCCUGCCAAUGGCUGUGUCUGCCAAUCAGCCACAAAUGUAUUGUUUUUCCCCAGCAAUCACUCCAGCCCCCUCCCUGGACCCCUUUCAGGGCACACAGAGGAAAAUGCUGCUGGAUCCCACCACUGGGAACUACUACCUGGUGGACACACUGGUGUCCCCAGCCACAAAGCGCCUUUUUGACCCAGAAACGGGCCAGUACGUGGAUGUACCCAUGCCACAGCCUCCAAUGACACCAGUACCAAUGCCUAUCUCACCACUAGCGCUCAGUACUGGAGCAUAUGGUCAUACCUACAUGAUCUAUCCAGGCUUCAUGCCAACCCCUUCAGUGAUACCUGCUCGAACGCUAGUACAAUCACAGAUGUCUGUGCCAUCAGAGGUAGAGGGCAUGGAGAAGUCUUCCUCACAGCAGACUGAAGGAAUGUACAUGGAGAGUCCUUUCUAUAUGGCAACUGGGAAGCCUCCCCAGACAGUUUCAGGGACUCUACACCAUGGUGCCCCCAAUAGGCCACAGCAUGGAUGUUCCAGCAUGAACCAGCCAGUCAUCAGCAUCACAUCCCAGCAAGGGCCAAGGAUCAUUGCCCCACCUUCGUUUGAUGGGACCACCAUGAGUUUUGUGGUAGAGCACAGAUGAGUCGCUAAGCUAGACAGGACUGGAGCUUUCAUGAUCAUCGGUUUAUCUUCUUCAUUGUUUUACACUGAUGUUAAGUGUGCUGAGCAAUUUAGUUGUUCAGGUAUUCUAACUGCUGCAGAAUGUUUCUUUUACUUUCUACAAGAUUGUAAUUCAUGCUUUUUUACACCACUGCUACACCAAGACUCAAUGCCUUUGAAGGGAUUAUUUACCCACUCCUGAAACUAAAUAGAGUUUGAUCAAAUCUUUAUUUUAUUUUCCAAAUCAAAAUAAAGAUUGAUUUAUCUAGUUUCUUCUCAUUUUGAAAUGAGAAGAAACUACUUGUUUUGAAGACAUUUGCACAUCUUUAUAAAGUUAUGAAUCCAAGAACCUGUUCCUUGUUAGAUUUUGCUGAAUUUACCAAAGGGUUUUUACAACCUUAAUUGUCAUGAUGACUUCUUCUGUGUUCGUGCUUCAUGAUGCACACAAAUCAGUGUUGAUUCAAAGCACUUUAUGUGCAUAAUUUACAUUAUUGCACAUUUUGUAAAAGUUAAGGUUGAAAAAAAUGUAAUGUGAUAUGUUGUCUUUUGUUUGUACUGAUUUCUUUGAGAAUGUGGAGCUGCUGGACAGUCUUUGUUAAUACAUGUCAGGUAUCAUUGUUAUUCCAGAUUAUUCUAUUAGAAUGAAUGCUAUGAGUAAUGUUGAAUUUUAUUUCACUCCCAUUUUUAGAAAUGUCAUCUUGCCAUUUUUUUUUUUUUGUGUCUUUUAUGGGAAUUGUCCUCUAUUUAUACUUUGUACAUAGUUUUUUUUUCCCAAAAUAAGCCUGAGAGUGGCACACUUUUUAAAGUCUUACACUGCCAUAAACUUUCUUAAGAUAGUAGGACUUUCAGGAGUAAGUGGAAGUAGGGUUUGCAAGACAAGAAAAUGAAUACUUGAGAAUUUGUGAGGGAUGUAUGGGUGAAGAGUGGAGGGACUUUGUAGAAGUACGGCAAAAAGCUGGACAUGACACAUUAUGUUUUCACUUUGUUCAACUGAUUUUUGUUUUCUCUUGUUUUUUUCUGCAUAAAAAAUGACUUCACAAAGUUAGGUCUUGACUUUGCAAAUGUGAAGAUGGUACAUGUUAAAAUACAUAAUUAAAACAGUACUUUGGAACUGUAAAUGUUUAUUACAUAUUCACAAUGUUAAAUUGAGGUUGUUUCUACUCUUAUAUUGUACUUUAUUACAACACAAAAACAAACAUUUCUCCAGUUAUGUUUCUGCAGUCACUUGUUCACUGACACAUGAAAUCAGUGGUGGUAAUUUCAAGAAUGGGUCCCUGGCCAGAGCCCCUUCUAAUGCCAUCCUCAACCAAUUCAAACUAAAGUAAUUAGAUGAUUUUCCAGCAGAAAGCUUGCAACCUAUAGGUUCCCAGUACUCAGUCAGAAGCAAGGAAAAUUACAUGCACACAAGUAGUAGCAAGCUUGUUCAGGGCACAACUACCAGAUAAGAUGUGUCUUACUUCGUACUUCUUAGAUGCCCGGCCCCCCUUUCUGAUGCCGCCCUGGCAUUACACUGCCUCUUUUACACUUUGGGUCGGUUAGUUUCAAAUGAGCAUCAUUUGUUAAUUUCAAGUGAGCAGGAUCCUGCUGCUGACCAUAUACUGUUACUAUGACCAUCAUGCAGCCAUUUUCUGAUAAUAACAUCCAGCUGGAUAAUAAAGCAUUUCACCAAAGCUCAAAGGAGCUCAAACUGAAUUCUAGAACAUGUGAAUAACAAUAAUUUCAUCAAGGAUUUUUUUAUAUGCAUUAUAAAGUAUCGCAUUAGAAAAGGUUGAUGGAAAAGGAACAUUUUCAAAAACAUCCUCAAUUUCAUGAAAGGUUUUCACAAUUGUUUGAAGUGGUUUUUGGCUUUUACAAAAAAUAGCUAAUAUCGUAAAGGGGAGAUGGAAACAGAUUUGCUGACCAUCUGUCAUAGCAAACUUUCCUGUACACUGAUGAGUCUGUGCCUUAAUUGAGGCACAAAACAUGGAAAAAUUUCUACAUCUUGUUAUACAGCCAUGCGUAAUGUCACAUUCUGACUAAAUUACCCUCUAAGUAGCCUGGUGUCUUAUUUUGUACUUCUUGGAUGCCUGGCCCCCCUUUCUAAAGGGUUUGCUCCAAACCAGUAAAUGAAAACAUGCCUAAUUCAUAUUUUCUUUUUUUUUUUUCUUUUUUUUUUGCUACAUUUUAAAAGUUUCCUCAAAAAUUGUAUGACAAUAGAGGAACCAGGGUUUAUGAGGUCAGUGGACUCCACAGUCAUCAGAUCUCAAUGCAAAACAGAAUUCAGUGAAACAGGAGGAUUUCAUCAUGGAUAUUCAACUAAAAAAUCUGCAGCAACUGUAUGAUGCUGGUAUGUCAAUAAAGACCAAAUCUGCUUUGACACUGCAAUGCAGCCAGCAUGUCUGCUGAAGAUGUUAGAACAGAAUAUAAAACAGUAAUGCUGGAAUACAUAUUUAUUAAGUCAAAUUUUAUUUCCACUGGAGCACUUCCUCUCCCAAAAACCUUUGAAGCAAAUAAUGUUCUGUAAAAUAGUUAGAACUUAGCACAAACUACUUGAUAAGCUUGGUUAUGCUCAUUCUGAAAGAACACAGCCACAACUAAAUAGCAAACUACAGGGUCUGAGUCUGUGGUUUAGGAGUGUAAAACUAACUCAGCUUUGUUUAUCUAGAGUAGUGAGCAUUAAAAGGUUCCUCUGCUGCCUGGGGAUCCACAGUAAGUGGGUCAGAGAAGGAAGGAGGUACUGGUUGAGUACAUGCAGGGUCAGGUUGCAGAACUCCAAUUGUAUCCUCAAAGUCAUCCUAUCUGAGUGUGUCGAUGACACAUACCAUCACACCCAGAGCCAUGCCACACACUCACAUAACCCUGACUAAUGUGCAAUGCAUCCCACAAUUAACACUCUAUCAGGCUUGAAGAGUUUUAAUAUAAACAAGCUUUUAAAUAGACUUGUUAUUGAUAUGAGUAUUUACUCCGUCCAACAAUUUCCUCUUGUGGGCUUUAGGUUUGUCAAGUUGUCUCUGAACAACUUGACAAACUUGUGCAUAAAACUUCACACUAGUUGUUAUUAUGAUCCAACACAGGUCAAUAUCUGAGCAUGGCAUUAAAUUUGUAACAGAAAAGCUGAAAAUUUUAAAUUAUUCUAAGCAAAGAGGUCAGUAUUUCAAAUCCGAUGUAGUCCACAAUUUGACUACAUCGCCCCGUUUCUCAACGGGGGCGGUACAGUCCCUGGGGCAAGUUCAAAGGACAGGGGCGCUGGCAGAAAGAGGGAUAAAUAGGGAUAAAUAUGUUGGAGGGACGAAGAAAAGCCUUUCAAAGUGCUUGAAAGACAAUACGUACCGUAAGUAAUGUUAGUGUAUGAACAGGACAGUUAUAAAUAUUCAGGUAAGCUUAAGCUAGCCUAAAAUAACAGGUGGUUGUUGCUGUCUUGCUAGGGUUGCCACCCGCCCCAUAAACUACGGAAUCGUCUCGUAUUUGACUGUUAAUUGUUGCGGUAUCAUAUUGAACCCAUACCGCAGACGCAGUGAGCUGCUAUCAGCCCGCGUCUUUCUAAAAUGUCCACCGAUACAUCCCAGGGUGAACAUCUUUAGUGAAGUUGAAUGCGGGCGAUUAAAAAAAAUGUGUCGGCAAUAUUCAGUGGCGCACGGUGUGCUGAAUGAUAUCAAACAGAAUGGAUCAGGAGAGGAUCACUGUUGGAGUCCCGUCAGAACCUAAAGAGGCAUGUUAGGAUUCAAGUUGGUGUGAGUGCUCAUCAGAUAGACGAUCUUCGUGGGACAGUUCUGGCAGGCUGGCGCACAUUCAGCGGAUUCCCGCAAAAGGCUGCAGGGUUCUUAAGAAGCGGUGGUCCCACUUGAUGCAUCAGCGACUGCUUUCUGUCACCAGGACGCUACCGCCUGCCGCUCGUGUCCCUGCUACUCUCUCAGAGACUCUAAGCCUCCUGGAUCCUUUCCCCUUCCUCAGCAACCCUCCAUCAGACGAACUGUAAGCCAUUCUCUCCAUUCCCCUGUCAAGAUUCCCUCGACCCGGUCCUCACUAACCCCUCCCCUCUCCAAGCAGAACCUGAGCCGGCCAGCCGCUACAGAUCCCAGAGGGUCUAUCUGGAUAACAUUAUAUUCAAUAUUUAUUGUGAAUAAAUCAUUGAAUCAAGAUUUUCCGGCUUAAUGUUUGAACCUGCAUUUGGGUGAAAAGACUCAAAUCCAACAUGACAAGGCUCAGUGUCUCUUCAUCCCUCAAUCAUCUCCUGAGACCGAAAAAUAUAAAUGGCAAUUUAAAGAACAAAUCAUACUAAUAGAUUAAUAAUAAAUAAAUACACUUUGUGAGGGGAUAACGUUUAUUUUUUUCUAUAUUAAAGUUUGUUAGGGCUUUCUGUGUAGGAAUUUUUUUUUAUAUCUUUCAUGAAUAGGCUACAGGGUUCUGUGGUCAUAUUAUU